GCUGUUUGCCGUUCGGUUAGUGUUUCCUUUUUUGGAUGGUUUUUUGGUGUCAAGUAGUGUUUGGAUUCGGCAUGCAGUUGAUUCUGUUGCUUGCAGUGGGCCUGGUUCUCGGCCAGUCGGCCCAGACGUUGGCCAGCGAGGCCAAGUACAAUUAUUUUCGACUGCCAACGGCUUUGCGUCCGCAGAAAUAUGAUCUGAAGGUCACAACUCAUUUGGACAAUCCCAAGGAUUUGCGUUUUGAGGCGACAGUGAAGAUUCUGAUUGAAGUAUUGGAGAAUACCAAAAACAUUACAUUGCAUGCAAAGAAUCUAACCAUUGCCGAGGAUGAUAUCAUCCUCAAGGAUACUCAGGGCAAGAAGGAUAAUUGUGUACAGUCAACGGAGAUUAAUACACAUCAUGACUUUUAUGUUCUAAACACUUGCCAAGAGCUUGAAGCUGGCAGCGUUUAUGAAUUGACCAUACCAUUUGCCUCGGAGUUGAAUAACCAACUGGAAGGAUAUUAUAGGAGUUCUUACAAGGAUCCAGUAACCAAAAGGAAGAGAUGGCUCUCCAUCACCCAGUUUGAACCGGCCUCGGCCCGUGCUGCCUUCCCAUGCUUCGAUGAACCCAAUUAUAAGGCACCAUUUAUUGUAACUCUCGGCUAUCAUAAGAACUACACGGGUCUGAGCAAUAUGCCCGUCAAAAAAAUAACACCAAAUGAUCAAUUCCCCGACUAUGUGUGGUGUGAAUUCGAAGAGUCCGUGCCCAUGUCAACAUAUUUGCUUGCCUAUAGUGUAAAUGAUUUCUCCCACAAGCCCUCCACACUGCCUAAUUCCGCUCUAUUCCGCACCUGGGCACGUCCCAAUGCCAUCGAUCAGUGUGAUUAUGCCGCCGAGUUUGGACCCAAAGUCUUGCAAUAUUAUGAGCAGUUGUUUGGCAUUAAGUUUCCACUACCCAAGAUCGAUCAGAUAGCCGUGCCAGAUUUCAGUGCUGGUGCCAUGGAGAAUUGGGGUUUGGUCACUUAUCGUGAGAUUGCUUUACUCUAUUCAGCAUCCUAUUCCUCGCUGGCGGAUAAGCAGCGUGUGGCCAGUGUGGUGGCCCAUGAAUUGGCUCAUCAAUGGUUUGGCAACUUGGUUACCAUGAAAUGGUGGACUGAUCUGUGGCUAAAUGAGGGCUUUGCCACCUAUGUGGCCAGUCUGGGUGUGGAGAACAUCAAUCCCGAAUGGCGUUCAAUGGAACAGGAAUCGUUGGGCAAUAUGCUGACCAUUUUCCGAAAAGAUGCCCUCGAAAGUAGUCAUCCCAUCUCACGACCCAUUGAAGAAGUUGCGGAAAUUGCAGAAAGUUUCGAUCAAAUAUCAUAUCAGAAGGGUUCAACUGUGUUGCGUAUGAUGCACAUGUUCCUGGGCGAAGAAUCAUUCCGUUUUGGCUUGCAGCAAUAUUUGCAAAAGUACUCGUACAAAAACGCCGAACAGGAUAAUCUCUGGGAAUCCCUGACACAGGCGGCACACAAAUAUCGUGCCCUUCCGAAGAGUUACGACAUCAAGACCAUCAUGGAUUCGUGGACAUUGCAAACAGGAUAUCCAGUGAUCAAUGUGACUCGUAACUAUGAGUCAAACAGUGCCAAAUUGACGCAGGAACGUUACUUACUGAAUACCCAAAUAGCCAGGGCACAGCGUCUCGGUUGCUGGUGGAUUCCACUUAGUUAUACGACACAAGGAGAACAGGAUUUCAAUAAUACCGCACCCAAGGCUUGGAUGGAGUGUGGCAAGGAGGGUGAGAUUUAUCCAAAGACCAUACAAGAUCUGCCUGGACGAGACGAGUGGGUCAUAUUCAAUACCCAACUCUCGACUUUAUACAAAGUCAACUACGAUGAACGCAAUUGGAGGCUUCUCAUUGAGACUCUGACCACAGGGGAAUUCCAGCGUAUUCAUGUUCUUAAUCGAGCCCAAUUGAUCGAUGAUGCCUUGUAUCUGGCCUGGACUGGUGACCAAAACUAUGAGAUAGCCAUGCGAUUGCUGGAGUACUUGCAAAGGGAACGCGAAUAUCUGCCCUGGAAGUCGGCCUUUGAGAAUCUUAAGCGUGUGGGACGCAUUGUGCGCCAGACUCCGAACUUUGAGUACUUUAAGCGCUAUAUGCAAAAACUUAUUACACCAAUUUAUCUGCACCUGAGUGGGCUAAAUGACACUUUCAGUGCCAUUCCUGAACAAGAUCAGGUCCUGCUCAAGACCAUGGUGGGCAAUUGGGCCUGCCAGUACGAUGUGGAGGAUUGUGUUGCUGUUGCCCGCAAGUAUUAUACCCAAUGGCAGGAGGAGGAGAAACCCGAUGAAAAGAAUCCCGUGCCAUUGAAUCUGCGUAGCAUUGUCUAUUGCACCUCGAUUAAGCAUGGCAACGAUGCAGAUUGGCAAUUCCUUUGGGCCCGAUAUGUCAAUUCGAAUGUGGCUGCCGAGAAGCGCACCAUUCUCACCUCAUUGGGUUGCUCAAGAGAGGUCUGGGUGUUGCAGCGUUAUCUAGAAAUGACAUACGAUUCCAAGGAUGCCAUAAGGAAACAGGAUUCCAUGUGGGCCUUCCAGGCUGUGGCUUUCAAUGAAGUUGGCUUCCAUUUGGCCAAAACCUAUUUCAUGGAUAAUGUGCAGGCUAUUUACAAAUUCUAUCAUCCUAUCACCAAGGAUAUGUCUCGGCUGCUGCUCCCCUUCUCGGAGCAGGUGAUCAAUCAAAGUGAUUUCGAUAAGUUCAGAAACUUUGUUACCAUAAAUCGACCUUCGCUCAAGGGGCUAGAACAGGCUCUGCAACAAACUCUGGAGACAAUGCUAACAAAUGUCCAAUGGAAGGAGCGUAACUACAUCCAAUUGUCACGCUCCAUACAGGAGCUGCUCUAAAAGCACCUCCCACCACUUCUCAAGUUUAGUAGAAAUAUUAACCUAACUACUUAUACGCAUAUAUAUAAUAUAUAUCUACAAUAUUAAAAUGUUCCAUAAACAUAUAUAAAACAAAAUACAUUAUUAUAUGUAAUUAUAAAAAGAACACGAAUAAAAUAAAUAAAUUUUAAUUGAUCUUCGCCAAACGAAUUUCGCCAUGUUAAA